AUGAGCACUCUAGAAAAAUGGCUUAUAAUGACCGAUUUCAAUAGGCAGCUCCCAUCGGCACCUUUCAUAGCUCAACGUUUCGAAUUUACAUUGUUAUAUCGACCGAUCACCGGCGUUGCUGGCUACAUGUUGACGACGCAGGACAGGCUGAGUUCGGUGUCGCGCGUGUGGUAUUCAUUGGUCAAAGCGUUGUCAACAGUGGCCAGCAACGCCGUCGGUCGGCCGGUCGGGAGAAGCAAUGCACGCCUCCGAGCUCUGAAAGCAAUCAAUUUCUGGAGGAACCAAUGCCCAGAGAAGCUUCUAACCGACAAGGGAGGAAUUCGUGGUCGCAAGGGCUGUUCAAGAUGA